CUGACAGUCAGUCUAAUCAGCCUGGCUUAUUGGAAACACCUGUGAGGGCAUGAGGCACCUUUAAUGGAACAUGAUUGGCUGUGAAGGCCUAAAGAGGUGAGAGCCUUAACGCUUCAAUGGCGUGGACCAGGUCAUGGUCGCAUCCAGACCUAAAGCCAGAAAAGAAUUGCAUACCCCACAACUGCAGGACUCACACUACUUCGUCUUCAAGUAUCCUUCAGCUCCAGUGUCCACGUUUCCUGCCCCUCCUCGUCAUGCUUGCUGCCUUUGCUGACAUGGUCACUGCUGGUCCCCCUCAGCUAGCUCGCCCCCCUCUCCUGUCUGGACAGCCUUUUAUCAUCUUUUGGGGCAUCCCUGACUCUUCCUGCUCUGGUCGGCCAGAUCUCAGAACUUUUGGAAUAGAACGCGAGGGCCGUGUGGCCAUCUUUUAUGAGGACACUCUUGGAAAUUACCCGUACUUUAAAGACAAAGAUACACCUAUUAAUGGAGGGCUACCACAGAACACCCGACUUGACAGCCACAUCCAAAAGACUCAGCAGGACUUGGACGCAGCCUUACCUGCCCCAAGGUACCUUGGGCUGGGGGUGCUGCGCUGGUCAGAGUGGAUGCCCCAGUGGUUCAGGAACAGAGAGAAACAGACCAUACAUCUGGCGGCAUCGAGAAAACUGCUGAAAGCCUUCUUUCCUAACUGGACCCCAGAGGAGGUGGAGAAGUGGUCAAAGGUGGACUUCGAGGCAGCAGCCCAGUCAGUAAUGAUAGAAACUCUACGCGAGGUCAGAAGAUUAAGGCCCAAAGCAUUAUGGGGCGUCUCCCCUUACCCCAGCUGCUACAACGGCGAUCCUGCCCAAACCACGUUAGCCAACUACACCGGCCAGUGCCCUGCUGCAGAGACGGCCCUCAACAACGAGCUGCUGUGGCUAUGGAAACGAUGCUCUGCCCUCUUCCCUCUCCUCACCCUGGAGAAGAUACAGGGUGGUACCCGUGGAGGCAGGCUGUAUCUGUCCAGUCAAAUCAGAGAGGCCCUGCGAGUGUCAUCUUUGACUAGGACUGCUUUUGAUCUUCCUGUUUUUCCGCUGGUCAAAAGUGUGUAUGCUUCAACAAACACUUUCCUGUCACAGGCAGACCUGGUGAGCACCAUAGGGGAGAGUGCUGCCAUGGGAACAGCAGGAGUUGUCAUCUGGGAGAGAAGUGAGACUAAGACAGAGAGAGAGUGCCAGGACCUGGCAGAGUUUGUCCAGAAGGUCCUGGGACCGUACUCCCAGAAUGUAACCACGGCAACUGCGCUCUGCUCGGCCUCUCUGUGUCAGGGCAAGGGCCGAUGUGUCCGUCAGAAUCCUGGAAGCUCUGCUUUCCUCCACCUCCCACCUCCAGUGGAAGUGGUGGAGAAAGUGACAGAAAAGGCUGAUGCAGCUAAAGCCACAGAUCAGCCGGACACAGGCACUAAACCAGCUGAGCCAGACCCCGCUGAGAUCUGGAAGAAGGACUUCCAAUGUCAGUGGUACAAGACUGCAGACAGGGACGUGUCAGAUCUGCAGUCUCCCAAAGAUGGAGCGUCUGCUGGGGCUACAUUAAAGGAAACAAAGGGGACUAUAGCAGUGGGGAAUAUAGCUGCUCCUACAGUCGCUUCUACAACAAAAGUAACCUCUGUGACUGAGUUAAGAAGAAGCAUUUCACCUGGAAGUCCGACUUCUUUACUGAAUACAAACACGGACAGUGGGUCGAAUCAGCUGAGUGCCCCUAACCUGAUUCUACUGCUGUUCCUGCUGGCAGGAAGUCUAUGGUAGGACCAUUAACGUGUGAACAAACUUUGGAGAAGUUGGAAUAAUCACAGCAAUAUGAGCCUUCUGGAAGUGCCCUUGAGCAAAACCCUGGAUCUUUGCAGUUGACAGUUAAUUAAAGUGCCAAUUUAUAGAGGUACAAGCUGGUCACUCACUCACUUUAGAAUGACACACCAGUGUGCUUGAAUCAUCUUAUCAAACCAGCCACAUGUACAAGGAAGCAGAACUUAUCAAUGCAUUGAGAGGGUGUUUUUGCACAUUUUUGCACAUGUCAUUGUCGAUGCUUUAUUGGACAUCUGUUUGUAGAUUUUAAGGUCUUGUGCACUUAGAACUGUCUCACAUCAUUUAGCUUGUGUGUAGAGGCAGAGGGAUGGUUCAACAUGAGUACAAACAACACAAAGCACAAGGACUAUUCCAGAACAUCACUGACAGUAAGGACAAACUUAUCAUUUUUCAUCUCAUGCCUUUCUAUUCUAAAACUCUGAAGCUUUACUUUACUUAGCUGAGAGCAAAAAUGAUCAUGCUGUCUUCAAAAUGCCUGAACUGUAAGGUAAAUUAACCGAGCUUUCUAGCACCCUCUGCCUGAGUGGUGGUGAAACUGCACUACUGACAUUGUUCCAUUUUUUAGAUGUCACAGUAGGGAAACUGCAGGUGUAAGUAAUGAAAUUAACGGUGGCUGGAUUGAUGUAGCUGCUUCUUGUAACUGCUAAAGCCUCAGUUUCAUGGAUUUUAUGCUACAGUUAAAAGUAACAACAAUGCUUUUCCAAAUGUGACAAUUCGCUUGUGUUUG